AUGGGUUCGGUCUCGGACUGCCAGGCGAAUGGCAACCACCAGCCACCGCCACCUCCGCCGCUGGCAGGGGCGGAGCAGGUCGUCGAGGAGGGCGAUGCCGGCGGCACGAUCAAUGGCAACUACCAGCCGCCGGAGCUGGUGGCUGAGGCGGGGCAGGUCGUCCAGGAGGGCGAUGCCGGCGUGAUGAUGGAAGGCGUCAGUCGUCACUUCCAUCGCCUUGCUGCCUAUUGGUGCCAUCUUCGGCCAUUUCAUUCGGCUCCCGGGUUCCAUCUGCUAUUGGAGAGAAAGAAGGCUAACUGGGUGGAUCAUCUACUACUGGUGCUUGCAGGCAGGAAGAAGGAAGAGCUACAGGUUGCUGGCUUGCUGCUAAGGUCUUGGUGGAGAGAAGAACACAGGAGGAGGUGUGCUGGCUGCUCGAUUUGA